ACUACUACUACUACUACUACUACUACUACUACUACUACUACUACUACUACUACUACUACUACUACUACUACUACUACUACUACUACUACUACUACUGCUACUACUACUACUACUACUACUACUACUACUACUACUACUGCUACUACUACUACUACUACUACUACUACAACAAACUACUACUACUACUUCUACUACUACUACGACUACUACUACUACUACUACUACUACAACUACGAAACUACGACUACUACUACUACUACUACUACUACUACUACUACUACUACUACUACUACUACUACUACUACUACUACUACGACUACUACUACUACUACUACUACUACUACUACUACUACUACUACUACUACUACGACUACUACUACGACGACUACUACUUCUACUUCUACUACUACUUCUACUACUAUUACUAUUACUACUACUACUACUACUACUACUACUACUACUACUACUACUACUACUACUACUACUACUACUACUACUACUACUUCUACUACUACUACUACUACUACUGCUACUUCUUUUACUACUACUACUACUACUACUACUACUGCUACUACUACUACUACUACUACUACUUCUACUACUACUACUACUACUACUACUACUACUACUACUACUACUACUACUACUACUACUACUACUACUACUACUACUACGACUACUACUACUACUACUACUACUACUACUACUACUACUACGACUACUACUACUACUACGACGACGACUACUACUACGACUACGACGACUACUACUACUACGACUACACUAACUACGACGACGACUACGACUACUACUACGACUACGACGACUACAACAACAACGACGACUACGACGGCGGCGACUACGACGACUACGACUACGACGACGACUACUACUACUACUACUACUACUACUACUACUACUACUACUACUACUACUACUACUUCUACUACUACUACUACUACUACUGCUACUUCUAUUACUACUACUACUACUACUACUACUACUGCUACUACUACUACUACUACUACUACUUCUACUACUACUACUACUACUACUACUACUACUACUACUCCUACUACUACUACUCCUACUGCUACUACUACUACCACUUCUACUACAACUACUAAUUUUCGAUUCCCUACAACAACAACAACACGUAUAGAAACAGAAGAGACGCCUAUAGAGUCAGAAGAGACAAAUACUAAUACAUCAGAAGAGACAACAAUUACUUCACUUGUAGAGACAUCAACCACCAUGCUUAUAGAGACAGAAGAGACGCCUAUAGAGUCAGAAGAGACAAAUACUAAUGCAUCAGAAGAUACAACAAUUACUUCACACGUAGAGACAACUACCACUACGCCUGUAGAGACAACUACCACUACGCCUGUAGAGACAACUACCACUACGCCUGUAGAGACAACUACCACUACGCCUGUAGAGACAAUUACCACUACGCCUGUAGAGACAACUACAACUACGCCUGUGGAAAUACCUACCAAUAUACCAGAAGAGACAACUACGAAUAUAGAGACAACUUUCGCCACGCAUGUAGCGACUGCAACCAGUACGCCUGAAGAGAAAACUACCACUACGCCUGUAGAGACAACUACCGCUACGUCAGUAGAGUCAAUUUCCGCUGCAACUCUAGAGACAUCAUUCACUACGCCUGUAGAGUCAAUAACCAUUACACUUAUGGAAAUACCUACGAAUAUCUCCGAAGAGACAAUUACCUCUUCGCCUUAUGGGACAACAACAAUUACGCCUGGUGAGCCAACAACAGCAACCCAUGUAGACAAAAUAAGCACUAUCCUAAAUGAGACAAACACAACUAUGACUGUAGAAACAACUACCCCUACGUUUGUAGAGACAAUUGUCACUAUGCCUGUCGACACAAAUACCACUACGUCACUAGACACAACUGCCACUGCACCUUUAGAGCAAACAACAACCUCGCCUGUAGAGACAGCUAUCACUACGCUAGCAGUGAUGGUUACCACUACGAAUGUUGAGACAAAUACAAACAUGCCAGUAGAUAAAACUACCACUACGCCUGUAGAGACAUCUACCACUACAACUCAUGAGACAACAACCACUGCGCCUGUAGAGCCAACUACCACUACGCCUGUGGAGACAACUACCACUACGCCUGUUGAGACAAAUAUCACUACGCCUUUAGAGACAACUACCAAUACGUCAGUAGAAUCCCUUACCACUACAACUCAUGAGACAACAACCAUAACGCCUGUAGAGAAAACUACCACUACGCCUGUGGAGACAACAACCACUACGCAUGUAGAGACAAAUACGACUACGCCUGUAGAGACAUCUACCACUACGCCUGUAGAGACAACUACUACUAAGACAACAACCACUACGCCUGUAGAGACAACUACUACUACGCCUGUAGAGACAACUACCACUAGGCCUGUAGAGAAUACUACCACCACGCAUGUACAGCUUACUAUCAGUACGCCUGCAGAGACAACUACCACUACGCCUGUAGAGACGGAUACAACUACGCCGGCAGAGACGGCUACCACUACGCAUGUAGAGACAAUUACGCCUGCAGAGAUAACUACCACUUCGCCUGUAGAGACAGCUACCACUACGCCUGUAGAGACGGCUUCCACUACGCCUGUAGAGAUAACUACCACUACGCCUGUAGAAAAUACUACCACCUCGCAUGUACAGCUUACUUCCAGUACGCCCGUAGAGAUAACUUCCACUACGCCUGUAGAGACAACUACCACUACGCCUGUAGAGACAACUACAAGUGCGCCUGUACCUACCACUACGUCAGUAGAGACAACUACCACUACGCCUGUACAGUUUACUUCCAGUACGCAUGUAGCAACAACUAUCAGUACGCCUGUAGAGACAACUACAAGUACGCCCGUAGAAACAAUUACAACCACGCCUUUAGAGACAACUUCAACUAAUUCAGUAAAGUCUAUUAGCACUACAACUCUUGAGCCAACAACCACUACGCAUGUAGAAACAACUACCACAACGCAUGUAGAAACAAAUACAACUACGCCUUUAGACACAACUACAACUACGUCAGGAGAGUCCAUUACCACUACAACUCUGGAGACAACAACCACUACGCCUGUAGAGAAAACUACCACUUCGUCUAUGGACACAACUACUACUACGCACGUAGAGACAACUACCACUACGCCUGUAGAGACAAUUACCACUACGCCUGUAGAGACAACUACAACUACGCCUGUGGAAAUACCUACCAAUAUACCCGAAGAGACAACUACGAAUAUAGAGACAACUUUCGCCACGCUUGUAGCGACUGCAACCAGUACGCCUGAAGAGACAACUUCCACUACGCCUGUAGAGACAACUACCACUACGUCAGUAGAGUCAAUUUCCGCUACAACUCUAGAGACAUCAUUCACUACGCCUGUAGAGUCAAUAACCACUACACUUAUGGAAAUACCUACGAAUAUCUCCGAAGAGACAAUUACCACUUCGCCUUUAGGGACAACCAUAAUUACGCCUGGUGAGCCAACAACAACAACCCAUGUUGACACAAUAAGCACUAUCCUAGAUGAGACAAACACAGCUAUGACUGUAGAAACAACUACCCCUACGUUUGUAGAGACAAUUAUCACUAUGCCUGUCGACGAAAAUACCACUACGUCAGUAGACACAACUGUCACUGCACCUUUAGAGCAAACAACAACCUCGCCUGUAGAGACAGCUAUCACUACGCUAGCAGUGAUAGUUACCACUACGACUGUUGAGACAAAUACAAACAUGACAGUAGAUAAAACUACCACUACGCCUGUAGAGACAUCUACCACUACGUCAGUAGAGUCCCUUACCACUACAACUCAUGAGACAACAACCACUGCGCCUGUAGAGACAACUACCACUACGCCUGUGGAGACAACUACCACUACGCCUGUUGAGACAAAUAUCACUACGCCUUUAGAGACAACUACCAAUACGUCAGUAGAAUCCCUUACCACUACAACUCAUGAGACAACAACCACAACGCCUGUAGAGAAAACUACCACUACGCCUGUGGACACAACAACCACUACGCCUCUAGAGACAAAUACGACUACGCCUGUAGAGACAUCUACCACUACGCCUGUAGAGACAACUACCAAUAAGACAACUACCACUACGCCUAUAGAGACAACCACCACUGCGCCUGUAGAGACAUCUACCACUACGCAUGUAGAGACAAUUACCACUACGCCUGUAGAGAAUACUACCACCACGCAUGAACAGCUUACUACCAGUUCGCCUGCAGAGACAACUACCACUACGCCUGUAGAGACAGAUACAACUACGCCCGCAGAGACGGCUACCACUACGCUUGUAGAGACAGCUACCACUACGCCUGUAGAGAAUACUACUACCACGCCUGUAGAGACAACUUCCACUACGCCUGUAGAGAAUAAUACCACCACGCAUGUACAGCUUACUACCAGUACGCCCGUAGAGAUAACUUCCAUUACGCCUGUAGAGACAACUACCAAUGCGCCUGUAGAGACAACUACAAGUGCGCCGGUAGAAACACCUACCACUGCGUCAGUAAAGACAACUACCACUACGCCUGUACAAUUUUCUUCCAGUACGCCUGUAGCGACAACUAUCAGUACGCCUGUAGAAACAACUACAAGUACGCCCGUAGAAACAAUUACAACCACGCCUUUAGAGACAACUUCAACUAAUUCAGUAGAGUCCAUUACCACUACAACUCUUGAGCCAACAACCACUACGCAUGUAGAAACAACUACCACAACGUAUGUAGAAACAAAUACAACUACGCCUUUAGACACAACUAAAACUACGUCAGUAGAGUCCAUUACCACUUCAACUCUGGAGUCAACAACCACUACGCCUGUAGAGAAAACUACCACUUCGUCUGUGGGCACAACUACUACUUCGCCGGUAGAGACGACUACCACUACGCCUGUAGAGAAUACUACCGCCACGCAUGUACAGCUUACUACCAGUACGCCUGCACAGACAACUACCACUACGCCUGUAGAGACAGAUACAAUUACGCCUGCAGAGACGGCUACCACUACGCAUGUAGAGAAAAUUACCAUUACGCCUGUAGAGAAUACUACCACCACGCAUGUACAGCUUACUACCAGUACGCCUGUAGAGACAACUACCACUACGCCUGUAGAGACCGAUACAACAACGCCUGUAGAGACAUCUACCACUACGCAUGUAGAGACAAUUACCACUACGCCUGUAGAGAAUACUACCACCACGCAUGUACAGCUUACUACCAGUACGCCGGUAGAGACAACUACCACUAAGCCUGUAGAGACCGAUACAACAACGCCUGCAGAGACGGCUACCACUACGCAUGUAGAGACAAUUACCACUACGCCUGUAGAGAAUACUACCACCACGCAUGUACAGCUUACUACCAGUACGCCUGCAGAGACAACAACCACUACGCCUGUAGAGAAUACUACCGCCACGCAUGUGCAGCUUACUACCAGUUCGCCUGCACAGACAACUACCACUACGCCUGUAGAGACAGAUACAACAACGCCUGCAGAGACGGCUACCACUACGCAUUUAGAGACAAUUACCACUACGCCUGUAGAGAAUACUACCACCACGCAUGUACAGCUUACUACCAGUACGCCUGCACAGACAACUACCACUACGCCUGUAGAGACAGAUACAACUAUGCCUGCAGAGACGGCUACCACUACGCAUGUAGAGACUAUUACCACUACGCCUGUAGAGAAUACUACCACCACGCAUGAACAGCUUGCUACCAGUACGCCUGCAGAGACAACUACCACAACGCCUGUAGAGACAGAUACAACUACGCCUGCAGAGACGGCUACCACUACGCUUGUAGAGACAGCUACCACUACGCCUGUAGAGAAUACUACCACCACGCCUGUAGAGACAACUUCCACUACGCCUGUAGAGAAUAAUACCACCACGCAUGUACAGCUUACCACCAGUACGCCCGUAGAGAUAACUUCCAUUACGCCUGUAGAGACAACUACCAAUGCGCCUGUAGAGACAACUACAAGUGCGCCGGAAGAAACACCAACCACUGCGUCAGUAAAGACAACUACCACUACGCCUGUACAAUUUUCUUCCAGUACGCAUGUAGCGACAACUAUCAGUACGCCUGUAGAGACAACUACAAGUACGCCCGUAGAAACAAUUACAACCACGCCUUUAGAGACAACUUCAACUAAUUCAGCAGAGUCUAUUACCUCUACAACUCUUGAGCCAACAACCACUACGCAUGUAGAAACAACUACCACAACGUAUGUAGAAACAAAUACAACUACGCCUUUAGACACAACUAAAACUACGUCAGUAGAGUCCAUUACCACUUCAACUAUGGAGUCAACAACCACUACGCCUGUAGAGAAAACUACCACUUCGUCUGUGGGCACAACUACUACUUCGCCGGUAGAGACGACUACCACCUCGCCUGUACAGACAACUACAAGUACGCCUGUAGAGGCAACUGCCACCUCGCCUGUAGGGACAACUACCAUAACGCAUGUAGACAUAAUUACCAGUACGCCUGUACAGUUCACUACCAGUACGCCUGUAGAGACAACUACCAUCAAGCAUGUAGACACAACUACCAGUACGCCUGUACAGUUCACUACCAAUACGCCUGUAGAGACAACUUCAAGUACGCCUAUAGAUAAAACUACAUGUACGCCUGUAGGGACAACUACCACUACGCUUGUAGAGACAUAUACCACUACGCCUAUAGAGACAACUGCCACUACGCCUGUAGAGACAACUACCACUACGCCUGUAGAGACAACUACCACUACGCCUGUAGAGACAAUUACCACUACGCCUGUAGAGACAACUACAACUACGCCUGUGGAAAUACCUACCAAUAUACCCGAAGAGACAACUACGAAUAUAGAGACAACUUUCGCCACGCUUGUAGCGACUGCAACCAGUACGCCUGAAGAGACAACUUCCACUACGCCUGUAGAGACAACUACCACUACGUCAGUAGAGUCAAUUUCCGCUACAACUCUAGAGACAUCAUUCACUACGCCUGUAGAGUCAAUAACCACUACACUUAUGGAAAUACUUACGAAUAUCUCCGAAGAGACAAUUACCACUUCGCCUUUAGGGACAACAAUAAUUACGCCUGGUGAGCCAACAACAACAACCCAUGUUGACACAAUAAGCACUAUCCUAGAUGAGACAAACACAGCUAUGACUGUAGAAACAACUACCCCUACGUUUGUAGAGACAAUUAUCACUAUGCCUGUCGACGAAAAUACCACUACGUCAGUAGACACAACUGUCACUGCACCUUUAGGGCAAACAACAACCUCGCCUGUAGAGACAGCUAUCACUACGCUAGCAGUGAUGGUUACCACUACGACUGUUGAGACAAAUACAAACACGACAGUAGAUAAAACUACCACUACGCCUGUAGAGACAUCUACCACUACGUCAGUAGAGUCCCUUACCACUACAACUCAUGAGACAACAACCACUGCGCCUGUAGAGACAACUACCACUACGCCUGUGGAGACAACUACCACUACGCCUGUUGAGACAAAUAUCACUACGCCUUUAGAGACAACUACCAAUACGUCAGUAGAAUCCCUUACCACUACAACUCAUGAGACAACAACCACAACGCCUGUAGAGAAAACUACCACUACGCCUGUGGACACAACAACCACUACGCCUCUAGAGACAAAUACGACUACGCCUGUAGAGACAUCUACCACUACGCCUGUAGAGACAACUACCACUACGCCUAAAACUACCACUACGCCUGUGGAGACAACAACCACUACGCCUGUAGAGACAAAUACGACUACGCCUGUAGAGACAUCUACCACUACGCCUGUAGAGACAACUACCAAUAAGACAACUACCACUACGCCUGUAGAGACAACCACCACUGCGCCUGUAGAGACAACUACCAAUAAGACAACUACCACUACGCCUGUAGAGACAACCACCACUGCGCCUGUAGAGACAUCUACCACUACAGACGGCUACCACUACGCAUGCAGAGACAAUUACCACUGCGCCUGUAGAGAGUACUACCACCACGCAUGUACAGCUUACUACCAGUACGCCUGCAGAGACAACUACCACUACGCCUGUAGAGAAUACUACCACCACGCAUGUACAGCUUACUACCAGUACGCCUGCAGAGAAAACUACCACUACGCCUAUAGAGACAGAUACAACAACGCCUGCAGAGACGGCUACCACUACGCAUGUAGAGACAAUUACCACUACGCCUGUAGAGAAUACUACCACCACGCGUGUACAGCUUACUACCAGUACGCCUGCAGAGACAACUACCACUACGCCCGUAGAGAAUACUACCACCACGCAUGUACAGCUUACUACCAGUGCGCCUGCAGAGAAAACUACCGCUACGCCUGUAGAGACAAAUACAACUACGCGUGCAGAGACGGCUUCCACUACGCAUGUAGAGACAAUUAUCACAACGCCUGUAGAGAAUACUUCCACCACGCAUGUACAGCUUACUACCAGUACGCCUGCAGAGACAACUACCACUACGCCUGUAGAGACAGAUACAACUACGCCUGCAGAGACGGCUACCACUACGCAUGUAGAGACAAUUACCAUUACGCCUGUAGAGAAUACUACCACCACGCAUGUACAGCUUACUACCAGUACGCCUGUAGAGAAAACUACCACUACGCCUGUAGAGACCGAUACAACAACGCCUGCAGAGACGGCUACCACUACGCCUGCAGAGACAACUACCACUACGCCUGUAGAGAAUACUACCGCCACGCAUGUAAAGCUUACUACAAGUACGCCUGCACAGACAACUACCACUACGCCUGUAGAGACAGAUACAACUUCGCCUGCAGAGACGGCUACCACUACGCAUUUAGAGACAAUUACCACUACGCCUGUAGAGAAUACUACCACCACGCAUGUACAGCUUACUACCAGUACGCCUGCAGAGACAACUACCACUACGCCUGUAGAGACAGAUACAACUACGCCUGCAGAGACGGCUACCACUACGCAAAGACAACUACCACUACGCCUGUAGAGACAGAUACAACUACGCCUGCAGAGACGGCUACCACUACGCUUGUAGAGACAGCUACCACUACGCCUGUAGAGAAUACUACCACCACGCCUGUAGAGACAACUACCACUACGCCUGUAGAGAAUAAUACCACCACGCAUGUACAGCUUACUACCAGUACGCCCGAAGAGAUAACUUCCAUUACGCCUGUAGAGACAACUUCCAAUGCGCCUGUAGAGACAACUACAAGUGCGCCGGUAGAAACACCUGCCACUGCGUCAGUAAAGACAACUACCACUACGUCUGUACAAUUUACUUCCAGUACGCCUGUAGCGACAACUAUCAGUACGCCUGUAGAGACAACUACAAGUACGCCCGUAGAAACAAUUACAACCACGCCUUUAGAGACAACUUCAACUAAUUCAGUAGAGUCCAUUACCACUACAACUCUUGAGCCAACAACCACUACGCAUGUAGAAACAACUACCACAACGUAUUUAGAAACAACUACCACAACGUAUUUAGAAACAAAUACAACUACGCCUUUAGACACAACUAAAACUACGUCAGUAGAGUCCAUUACCACUUCAACUAUGGAGUCAACAACCACUACGCCUGUAGAGAAAACUACCACUUCGUCUGUGGGCACAAUUACUACUUCGCCGGUAGAGACGACUACCACUACGCCUGUAGAGACAACUACAAGUACGCCUGUAGAGGCAACUGCCACCUCGCCUGUAGGGACAACUACCAUCACGCAUGUAGACAUAAUUACCAGUACGCCUGUACAGUUCACUACCAGUACGCCUGUAGAGACAACUACCAUCAAGCAUGUAGACACAACUACCAGUACGCCUGUACAGUUCACUACCAAUACGCCUGUAGAGACAACUACAAGUACGCCUAUAGAUAAAACUACAUGUACGCCUGUAGGGACAACUACCACUACGCUUGUAGAGACAUAUACCACUACGCCUAUAGAGACAACUGCCACUACGCCUGUAGAGACAACUACCAUUACGCAUGUAGAGACAACUACCACUACGCCUGUAGACAUAACUACCACUACGCAAGUAGACACAACUAUCACUACGCCAGUAGAAACAACGACCACUACGCCAGUAGAAACAACUAUUACUACGCCAGUAGACACAACAACAACCACGCCAGUAUACACUAUUAUCACUACGCCAGAAGACACAAUUACCACUACGCCAGUAGACACAACUACCACCACGUCAGUAGACACAACUACCACCAAGCCUGUUUACACAACUUCCACUACGCCAGUAGACAUAACUACCACUACGUCAGUAGACACAACUACCACUACGCCAGUGGACACAGCUAUCACUACGCCAGAAGACACAUUUACCACUUCGCCUGGAGACACAACUACUAACACGCCAGCAGACACAACUAUCACUACGCCAGUAGACACAACUAACACUUCGCCAGUAGACACAGCUACCACUACGUCAGUAGACAUAACUACCACCACGCCAGUAGACAUAACUUCCACCACGCCAGUAGACGCAACUAUCACUACGCCAGUAUACACAACUAUCACUACGCCAGAAGACACAAUUACCACUACGCCUGUGGACACAACUUCCACCACGUUAGUAGACACAACUACCACCACGCAAGUAGAUACAACUGUCAUUUCGCCAGUAGACACAACUAUCACUAUGCCAGAAGACACAACUACCACCACGAAAGAAGGCACAACUAUCACUACGCCAGUAGACACAACAACCACUACGCCAGUAGAUACAACUACCACCACGCCAGUAGAGAUAACUACCACCAUGAAUGUAGACACAAAAACCACUACGCCAGAAGAUAUAACUACCACCACGCCAGUAGAGACAACUACCACUACGCAUGAGGACGGGAGUGUCCACUAG